AUGGCGAAAGGCGAAAUCGAUGCUCAGCAAGAGCUAGAGGAUGCAUUUGAAGCUAGAGAUUUGGAUGGAUUUAAACGUGCCAUCACACGUGGUGCUCAGCCCAACCUCAGCUCCAAAAAGGAUGAGGACAAUCAAAUGACCAUAUUUGAGAAGGCUUUAUCAACAAAAGGAUGUCAUCAAUUUAUAGAAGCGUGUCUCGAUGCUGGCUGCGAUCCCAAUUACGUUAAUCCGAAGCUUAAUAAAGCAGCGAUCCACUAUGCAAUCGGUCCAGGAAUCGGUUCAGCAAGCCAUUAUAAUGCGUCCAAUCUUCACGAGCUGCUGAAUCGAUCCAACUCCAAAGUAGAUGUUGAUCGAAAGUACGAGGGGGAAACAGCAUUAAGUAGAUUAAUCAAAAGUCUGGAAGUAAAGAAUCCUCCUGAUUGCUUUUACGCCAUUCGAUUGCUAUUAGAAAAAGGUGCUUCACCCAAUAUUGUUGAUUCUGAUGGCAAAACUCUCAUGCAACAUGUGCUACUCAACGAAAAUAUCUCACAAUCGAAACGAGCGAAUUUGAUCUCGAAAAUGUUGCGAGCUUUGCUUAAGGAGCACCUCACAAAGCAUACUGAGAAUGCACUCGAAGCAGUGCUUGCCACCCUGGAAAGGAAUUCGCCUCAGGAAAAUGAGUAUCUUGUAGAGUUGGCUGUCGAAGCUGGUAGCUGGUCGACUGCUCUCAAAUUGCUUAAGAGCAAAUUUAUCAAUCUGGUGCCCAAGAGCCCCACGCUUCUAAAAAUUAUGAUUAAGCAGGUGCAAUUGAAACCGCUGAUCAAUUACGUGCAGAGCAACGAAUACGAGGAGUGUUUGCUGCAAUUGCUUAUGGUUCAGCGGCUGAAUAUCAAUGACUUCGAUGAUGAGCACAAAACGCCUCUGCAUUAUGCGGUGCUCUAUCGCAAUGAGGUUGCCAUAAGAGUGCUCUUGAGGGUGGGCGCCAGAUUAGGAGUGCGCAAUGACAAGAAUCGCUUGUUGAUCGAGGAUAUCGAUGCCAAGCUUCUGGAGGAGCAUUUCGAUUACUGCAUCACUGGGAGAGGCGAGAAGACCAACCACGAGGAUUACGAACUCAAUAUGAACUUUCUGAAUAUGACGAAUAAGUACAACGAACUCGAUAUUGCUCCCAUUGCCUGCAUGGCCCGGUCGAACGAGCUGUGUCCACUGCUUACGCAUCCGUUGAUCACCUGCUUUCUAAAGCUGAAGUGGCGUCGGCUCAUCGCCAUUUUCACCAUUCACUUUAUCAUCAAUAUCAUCUUAACUUUGAUGUUGUGGACCCAUAUUUGCUUGCGUUUCUCUGAUCUUCAUAACAACUGGCUUCCUGAAAAGUUUGUUAACGUAGUGUUCCAAGUGCUGAUUGGCUAUCUUCUUAUUGUGGAAGUCAUUUCUUUUCUGAUAGUCAAGCAUUGGCGCAGUUUAAUCGAUUUUAUUCUGAUUUUUAUGCUCAUCCUCACAAACAUCGAGUGUGGAGAUGACUUCCAAAGGAUUGUUACCGUCUUCGCCAUCAUGCUGAUGUCCACCAAACUGAUGAAUCUUAUUGGUGCCCUACCUGUGCCUUUCAUAUCCGUGCACAUGCUCAUGCUGCGCCAGGUAGCCAUUACUUUCGCAAAGAGCUUGUUGCAGUACUCUAUGCUGUUGUUCAGCUUCAGCUUGUGCUUCUAUGUGCUGUUUUCCAAACAGAGCUCUACAAAUUCAGCGAAUUCUACGAAUUUGGCGAAUUUUACGGAUUCAGCGAAUUCUACGGAUUCAGCGAAUUCUACGGAUUCAGCGAACGCAACAGAUAAUCAUUUCAGUCUCUCCUUUGAAAAACUCGAUUUAUCGUUUAUCAAGACACUUGUGAUGUUCAAUGGUGAAAAUGAUAAUAUCGACGCUAAUGGAUAUUUCAGUAUUUUUGUGGUGAUCAUAUUCAUGUUGAUGGUCAUGGUCCUGACGAAUUUACUGGGCGGCCUGGCUGUCGGCGAUACACAGACUAUUCUGGCUCAAGCGGAACUCAAUGCUGCCAUUUGUCGAGCAAAUGUGUUGUACAGUUAUGAAGAACUCUUGGACGGGAAUUCGCUUCGAUGGAAACGUGUGUUUCGCAUAUUUAAGAAACUGAUGAGAAUCCCUGCAGAGUCUACCUAUACCUAUGUAUCCAUAUUUCCAAACCAAAAGAAUCGGGCAAAGGUGUGCAGUGAAAGGCAUAUAAAUCCGAGUAUUGUAGGUCUUGCGAAUAAAGUUAAUGACACCUCUGGUGUAGUAUUUGCCGCUGGUGCACUUGGUUCGGAAUCUGUAAUGGAUGAGGAGGCUUUGAACCUCCGUUCGAAUGCAGAAGUCGAUGAGAAUGAAGUUACAUUCUUUUACAAAAAUAUAAAAAUUGAAAUUCAUACUGUUGCCCGAGCUAUUAAUAUUAUUAAAGAAAGAGAAAGAAAAAAAGUCGACGAACAACGCGAAGAGUUCAUAGAACAACGACGUGAGGAUAUGAGGAUGCUAUUGAAGGAGAUCAAAAACCAGUUGGACAUUAAGAAUCCAGCCAAAUGAGUACAUUAACAACAAUUUAUAAAAGCAAGAAUAUAAAGAUUUAUUAAUUUGUUCAUUUACUAGUAACCAAUAAUGAUUAUCUAUCAUCUUUCAUUAAAAAUUGCAAUUUUAAAAAUCUCAUAUUGGCUUAAAUUUCUUC